CUAGAGCGGAAGUAAAGUUUCAGUUGUAAGGGGUUGGAUGGUUUGCCUGCCUGCCUGUAGAUUUUUUUAGUGUGUGCCAGGCUUUCUUUCCUGUCAUGGAGCUGUAGCAGAGUCUGGAUGCAUUAAAGCUGUUUGAGGGUAAAAAUUUUUUAUCAAGAUUUAAGUGAGCAGAAAAGGCUGUUCCGACUUAUUGUUGAGCAGGUGAAAGCCAAGAAUGGGUGCCAUCCCGAAAGAAGUCAAGAGGCUCUUGGAUGAUUGUGAAUUAUUCAUAUCAGACAUCCUUCAAGAGGAAGAACUGAGUGAAAACUCUCAAGAGACACGGAAAGUCCUCCUGAGCAACUUCUGGGUCAUUUUUAGAAAAUUUCCUCAUGACUUUGCCUCACGAUUGGAUCUCAGAGAAGACGACGGUUCUGAUGAUAACCGCAGCUCCAGUCUGGGUCGUUCUGCUCACUCUGACACAUCAGACUACCAGGAUGAAGUCCCUGAGUAUUUUGACGACAUCCCCUUAGUGGCAGCACAGGACCUGACUAAUGUCUUGAAGCAGGGCCACCUGGAAAAAAAACGAAAAGAUCACAGCUUCUUUGGCUCAGAGUGGCAAAAGAGAUGGUGUGUCCUGAACAAUUCAAUAUUUUACUACUUUGGAAGUGAAAAAGAUAAACAGCAGAAAGGCUCCUUCCUCAUCAGCGACUAUAACGUUCGACUGGCGAACAACCUGAGAAAAGAUUCCAAGAGAAACGCCUGUUUUGAGUUCACGGCUCCAGGUCGGCGCGCCUUCCAGUUCACAGCCAGCAGCCCUCAAGAGGCCCGAGAAUGGGUGGACCAAAUCAAUUUUGUCCUCAGAGAUCUCAGCUCCAGUGUCAUCCCUGUGGAUGAGGAUGAGGAGGAGGAAACCUAUGAUGACAUCGAGGGAUUGGUCAAUUCUCCCCCAUCACGGUUACCCAAAGCCCCUCUGAUAAUCAGACCAGGAGGAGGACAGCUGGAUGAAGCUGAGGAAGAUGGGGAGGAUAUCUACGAGGCACUGCCAGAGGAGGAGGAUUCGGUACAAGCUGAUGAUGGCACUGAGAACAAAUCAGCGUGGUCAUCAGAGUACGCUAACUACUACCAGGGUUUAUGGGACUGCCCGGCCGAUGAGCCAGAUGAGCUGGACUUUAAGAGAGGAGAUCUCAUCUACAUCAUUAGCAAGGAGUACAACAUCUUCGGCUGGUGGGUCGGCGAACUGGACGGCACCGUCGGUAUCGUCCCCAAAGACUUCCUGCAACCCGCCUACAUCCUCUGAGCUCCAACAGCGCUGCCGCCACCGACACAUCCAGCCAUAACUUCACCAGACAACAGAAAUGUUUAUUUUCCUUCACUUAUUAUAAUGUAAAUUUGUAGUAUAUGUGCUGUUGUUAGUUAUUUCUCUACACUAUAAACCACUUGUGUUUUGCUGGAACUGAUAUUUAAUUAUUCAGAUUGAUCUUUUUGAUGACCGAGCUGUGGAACGGUUUAAAGUUUUCAGUUUUGGUGUCAUCUCAAAGGAAUUUUUCAGUCAUUUUAAAGGAUUUCCCCAGUAAAAAAAUAAUAAAAUACAAUUUUGUUUAUUAAUAACCUUUUCUCUUCAGUACCUUUAGACAGAAAUAUUAAGAAGUGAGUGCUGGGCCUGACCCUGGAUGCACCAUAAUUCAGCUGUUACUGCUUGUAAACAACCACAGGUUUACAUGUAGAGGAGUGUGUUAUGACUGAUGUCAUGGGUAAAACGGCUAUUUCUCUGAACAGACACCUGUCAGGAAGGUGGUCAACCCAAACACUUAAAAAUGGAUGGAAAAGCCCUUUGAGUUAUUUGUGGAGUCACCUCAUGAUCACAAAAUAUAAACAAAUGUUUAUUUACACAGCAAAAUGUGAUGCAACAAACUGACUAAAUACAGAUGGAGACAUUUAUGUUUUGAACUUUUUCAGGUUCCUUUUUAUAAAAUAACUAUGUACACAUUUUUUGAAACUACGUCUCAUUUACAAAGCAACUUAUUUCAGUAAUCCAUCUUAGAAACCAUCUAAAGACUCAGGAACGCUUUGCAGGUGUUUUGGAUUUAUAAGCUGAUAUGACACUUUGAGUCUGAUAACCUUUCCACAAUAUUCUAAUAGUCUGAGAUUCUGAAUGUGAAGUUUUCAUCAGCUGUAAGCCAUAAGCAUCACGGGUAUAACAAAUAAAGGCUUGAAUUAUC